AUGCAGGGAGGGGAAAAUAUACUAAGUUCCCUUGGGAGAAUGAGCACCAAACGCAACUCCUCUCGGUCAUUUAAUGUAGGAACGACCGAGUUGGUCGAGAACAGCAGCUUGUUAAAGAAUCUGCUCCUGGGGCUCGGCCUCACUGAAACCGCAAAGGCACUGGAGAUGGAAACUCAACUUCGUGUGGGAGAAGUACCCGCCACCAUGAAGGGAGGCGGAGAUGCCACUGAAAAUAGCGUACGAUUCUCAACGGAGGAUUUUAACGACGGAAACGACUUUGCUCGUCCCAACCAAGGUGCUCCCUGCACGGUCACAGCUGGGUCAACGCAAAGUGAUCACACAUGUGAUGACAGGAUUAAUGACGUGAGUUUUGAGAAGCUGCUACAUGGGUUACCAGUGGAGGAUUCAAAUUCGUCACUUUUUUGUGCUCUGUUAUCUUCGGUUAGUGAAAAUGGUGCUGGUUACGGGGGCGAGUCUGUCUUCCUCAGGUUGUGCAAGUUGGCCACGUCACCGAUGAGUCGAUUAUAUCGUGGCGCACACUCCCCCAGCGAGGAAGAGGGUGUGGCUUCGCUUUCACCCCUGUUGCAUAGUUUGCUUACAGUGGUUAUAGGGAUCCCUGAUGGUGAGGCAUCUGAUGUAAGCUCUACCGUUGCCGCGGCACAGUCCACAGAAACUUCGAUCAUUGAAAUUUUUUUUGCUUAUGUUGAGUUGCUGUGGACGCAAUUGUGCUUGACUGAAGCAGUCGCAUUAGCUGAACUCGCCCCACAACGGUGGUGUUGCGACAGACAGAAUGUUGUUAGUAAACUUUCGGACCUUCAAGAAAAACUGCAGCUGUUGCUGCUGGAGACGCACCAACUGAAAUCAUCGACCACUGGUGGUGUGGAUGACUGUUCGGGGGUUCGCUGCGGUAACGGGAACGGUGGCUCCUCAUUGAAGCCGGCAUCGAAUGGGAAAUCCUGCCCUUCAGUGGCAGCUGCGCUGGUGGCGGGGAAAUCUGAUGUUGCUGACAUAGCUGACGGUAUUUGUGCCCUGUUUUGUCGGGAGGAAUCCGUCUUUAGGAGGAAUAUGGAAGCGGUUUCUAUGUGGAUCUUGGAGCAGCUUUCCCGCAACUCCGCGUAUUGCCUCUCACCCGAGGGCGUUGGCCCGGUGAGUGAGGACGCAACCGGUUUACCGUGCGGAGAUGCUGUACUGGUUGAAGAAGAAGCAGCUCAUUCGGAAUGGGCCUCGCCCCAACAACGGUGGGAUCGGAUCAUGGAUGUCGUGCGGCAAGCAGCUUUACCUGUGUUCGAGGAGGCAACCAAUAGCAGUUAUGAAGUCAGUGUGCACCCAUCACAGGAAGAAAAGCUGUUUUGUGCACAAACGGCCAUGCGCAUUCAGUUCUUUGCGUGGCUUGUCGGCUCUAUGGCGGAGGUAUCUUCGGUGUUGCGCGCAGGCACCCCCCGCCAGGGCACCAGUGAAGCAGGUGGGGUUUCGCAGGGAAAGGAUCGCGAGUGUCAGCAUGUUUCUCAAGGUCCCGCCAUGAGAGCGGCUGUGGGAAUUUGGUACCACCACUGCGCCAUGCAACUGGAAAGGGAAGUAUGCGACUUUAGUGGUUGCACCGCGAGGAGCACUGCUGCUGCCGGUUCCGGGAGCGCUGCUACCACGUGCACAUCCCCAGACGGCCAAGUCUCUGGUGUGUGCGGGAACCAGGAACGGACUGCGGCUUGUGAUGUUCAGGCAACAAGGUACUCUCAGUGGGGACAAGUACGAAUGGAAGGCAAUAUCGCACAGCUUCUCAUAGAGAAGUUGAAGGGAGCUGCCUAUGAAUCUCUUGCCGUGUCACGAGCGUCCCCUGAAGUCCAACGACAGCUUCUUCUAUGUAAUAAACUGUUUCUUGACGAGGACAAUGGCUGGUUGGGGGGCAACGGUUUUUGCGGCGGAAGCUACGUCCACCCUGGUGGCACUGUGGAAAGCGGCAUCAGGGAGUCAAUAUUGGAGAUGCUAAUAUCCGGUAAGUCCUCUCAGAUGGUGCAGCGAGUCAAUCGACCGCGCCCCUCCGUUCAUCAUCUUCUUAAGCAGGCCUUCAGCAAAACCAGAAUGCUACUUAGUCUGCAGGAAAACGACCUUCCAUUCGAUGUACAGUUGAAGGCUAUGGAAAAUGCAGCAGCACGGGCACUACUGCUGAGCGGGGUAACAACCGUCAAUGGACUGGGCCUACAUGACGUAAAUGGAGUAGAGAUUCACAGUCAGCCGUCGAGGAUGGCAAUCGGGCAGCAAACUUCCAUUGAGGAGGCUGUGGUGUCUGAUGAUGCUCCGUCAAUUGAGAUAAUUCAACUUGCCGAUAACCCCAACGGUGGUCCGAGUGUAGCACCGUCGUGGGAAGACUCCGGUGAGAUUUUGGAGGCUUUUAUGCAUAAUCAAGUUCAAAUGAUGAGACACUUACUAAUGAGCUCGGGGGCAGGAUUGUUGAGCUCCGGGUUAGCGCGACCUUCAGCCUCUGAAGGAGAUAGUGCUGGUUUGGUUGAAAACGGGUUGGAACGUUCCGAUGAACAAGUGACGAACGAAGUGCAAGUCAUAGCAGUCACACCUUGUGGGUCGUUGUUAGCACUGUUAACAACAAAAGGACGACUUAUAGUGUUCAGCAUGCGCAAUUAUGUGAACGAGGGUGGAGUUCCAGAUGAUGAAUGUCAGCAUGGGAAAUUCUCUGAAAGGGUAAUUAUUGAUGUGCUUUUAGUUUCUAAUUCAAGCGAGCUGCGCUGGUAUGAGCAAUUGGCUUUGCUUUUAUCAUUCUCUCCGUGUGGACGUUUUCUGCUAUGCUCAGUGCAACACGUUUCGUCAUCGGGGUCGGAGCAAGAGCAGGUGAAUCAAGAGGAGGACGAGGACGUGGGGAAAGUUUUAAUUUAUUCUCUACAUUGUAACGAUGACUGUCGUUCGAAUGAUGUAACGGCGUCACUUAGCGCAACAAGCGCUGACAGUCAAGACAGUGCCGACAGACUUUAUGGCACGUUUAAGGUGCACAGGACACCAGUGACUGUCGCGCGGUGGGUGGACCCCCGUUUCUGGCAAGGAGAGAGGAUGGUACAAACGUCACCAUCUGAUUCGAAUACCUCUACAUGGCGACGCGCUGCUCACUUCCAUCUAUCGUUUUUGCAGUGCCUCUCCUGUGGUUGUGAUAACACCAUCAUCCGCUGGAACCCUGUAAACGGGUCAGUUAUACAGAGCAUUGCAACGUUCCCCGUCCAAGACAUUCUAUUUUCGCCGCUAAAACAGGCGUUUUAUACGAUCAGUCACUACGGACAAUUAUCGAUGUAUGAUGCAUGGAACGAGAACAACAUAACAAAUCCUGCAGAGGGCGUCAUUGAAGUGGGACAGCGUGGGCUCCCUGCUUCGCUGAGUGUGAAGCGUUCAUCUAAUGACAGAUAUGGGGACACCCCUGGGAGUCCCUUGUCUGAAAUCACAACACAUUCCAGCGACUCAGAAGUGCCAGAAUUUUUUUAUGCAGGAUCGCAAACUAUUCAAUUUGAUCGGCGCUGCGUAGCGCGCGAGAGUGAUGAACAUGAACCUCUGCUCACGCGCAUGUCCAGGGCGGUAAGUGACGAGGGAGUUCCUGCAGGGGUGGAGACGAGAGUCAGUAGUCGCAUAGGCAGGCGCAUCCUCCGCGACGUCCUGCAACAUGAUAGCACACACUCCGCACCGAGUGAUGAUUUUAUCCUGCGUCGUUCAUGCGAUUCGGAAGUGGAAGGAAAUGGAGUGAGAAGUAAUCAGCGUCAACGUCCCUCCUAUUCGCGUAGCCGCCCGCACGCUAAUCAGUAUGCUAAUCCCAUUGCUUCACUUCAGUUGAAACACCGCCAUCGCGAGGGUGUUGGUCGUGCUUCAUUGAGGAAAUGCGACAAGAUAGCAAAACAGGAUUAUCAGUCAACUGAUGAGGAUGUAAUCUUCUACCGGACGGGCUCACGUUUGGUGUUCGUUGAGGUACCACACGCCCUGUGUCACGCUGCUCGCGUACGGCCAUCUCCGAAAGACUCUCGGUAUGCAGCUCCACCCGAGCCCUAUCAUCUCCUUUCGAUGACUGCAUCUGGUUGUCCAGUGUGGGGUGAAUGUGAAGUAAGCAACGUGAAACCAACACAGUGUCGGUGUUGCCAUUCAUCCAAAAGCGCACUGUUUCGAUCUCCGUCGUGCAGGUAUUAUAGUGAUGACUCAUUGCGGCGGAAUAACUCGAGAAACGACGGCGCUACAGCCACCAGUGGACACAGCACGGGUAUGGGAAAAUCGACAGAGUCCCUCGGUGAAACGGCGGGGAGGGGGCAAUUUCAAUGUGGGUUUUGCAGAUGUUCUGCGGAUGGUGGGAGCCCUGUCAUUGAGCCUACCGCCGAGAAUGGCCGGUACCUCUGCAUCAUGGCCUCUGUUGGGCCGAAUCGAUCUUUGCCUUCGCACGAGCAACCACUUGAGUAUAACCCUGGGGCGUACGUUUGCCUUGUAUUUGACGUGGCGAGCGGAAGUGUCGUACGAGUAAUUCCCGUUUGCCCCACGCAACCUCACUUUCCUUUAACACAGAAUGGAGUGGCCACCACUCACCCGAAGGCGAAGAGGGCCCCUAUUUAUCUGUUGCCAUGCUCUGUUGCUGUCGUGCCAAAGUGGCCGCAACAACGGAGGAGGAGCUCAGGGAUGCUCUUUUCUGUUGAGGCUGCUAACCCUACAAACGUAUUUUGUGCACUUGACGGUCACGGCAUCUCCUCAUACCCUUCACCGUACCACGGGGUCGAACAAGACGAAGGUGUAGUGGGAAGAUGUGAUGCUGACCGAAGUGAAUCAGUUGUGCUCGUGGCUGUUGGAGGUCUUCAUAGCAAAGUGCACGUGUUCAACGCCCUCACAGGAGCUCGAGUGAAGGACGUAAACCUAAGAGAAGAUGAUCAUCCGGAUGAUGUGACCCCGGCUGCUGGAAGGCGUACACCCACUAAGCGAGCGAGAUGUUCGUAUGCAGCCCUUGCCGACUCUGACAGGAUGCAGAGCCCAUUUCCGAAGAUAGAUAUGACGGAAAGUGACGACUCAAGUAAGGAAAGUGACAUGGGGAGCGGCACCACUUUUAGUGAUUUUUCUUCCCAACAAAGUGAGCAUUCCAGAAUCAUCCAGCACCAAUCUCUGAUGUCGGAUCUUGUGGAAAGGUACGGUGUGAGUACAGUUUUACAGAGUACAGUGGAUAUGCUAAGCGUUGUUCCGUUUCCCUUCCCCUUUCGCGAUUGCCAACUUACAGCCAGUGGUGGGAAUUUGAGUGCCAAAGGAGUGAAAAAUAGUAGCCGACUAAGUUUCUCCGCGCGUACUCCGGGAGAGGCGCCUAAUUCGUUGAGCGGUGCCUCAUGCCUCAAUCCAUGUCCCUCCUUUUUGGGUCAGUUGCUGUCAGCACUAAAAGAUGACGGUGUUGAAAACUCAACGUCAAAUGCUCGCUGCGGAUCUAAAGAUGUGAAGGAAAGUGCUACUUUAUUCUCUGGUGAUACCCCAUUCGAGUUUGUCUCUCUCCAGUCACUACGGCGAAUAAUAACAAAGCGUGGAACUGAAACGAGGUCGUCUGUGUUAGACGGUGAUGAUAGUAGCGUUCCCCUACCGACUGCCGCCUCUGGUUCAACACGAUUUCGCUGCGGGGUCGUGAAUAGUGUGGCACUCAUGUGGGACACCAUGAGGGGCGGCGUGUACAUGUUUUCAGGUGAUGAGUACGGUGGGUUCUUCGUAACAGGUGAUCAGAUAAAUCUUGGGGCUUGA